UCGUAUUUCAAUUUUUAAAGUUUCAAACAAAAAAAAUAAGAAAGUACCUAUAUUUUUUUUGUCAUACACUUAAUUCUGAGUUUCUGACUUCUACUUCAUUAUUUUCGUUCUUUGUAAUUAUUUAAAUUCUAUCUAUCAAUAUUCAAUACCUACAGUUGGGCAAACACGCAGUUGGAUUUUGAGCGAAAUAUUAGCAAACAAAAGUACAUACCCAAUUAGUAAAUCUACUAAUCUAGAUCUAAUAAAAUGGCAUUAAAAUACAUCCGUCAAGCAGUUAAACUAGUGUUAGUUCGUGAGAAAUGUGAUAUAGAUAUUCAGAGAAUGAUAAGUACAACUAGGGCAUCAAGAAUAGGUAUGAUUCCUAUUGUAGUGGAACAAACAGGGAGAGGCGAAAGAGCAUACGAUAUUUACUCAAGGCUUCUCCGUGAAAGAAUUAUUUGCUUAAUGGGCCCAAUCAAUGAUGAAAUAAGUUCACUGGUAGUUGCUCAACUUUUAUUUCUCCAAUCUGAAUCAAGUAAGAAGCCAGUUCAUUUAUAUAUUAAUUCUCCAGGUGGUAAUGUUACUGCUGGACUUGGCAUUUAUGACACAAUGCAAUAUAUUACUCCACCAGUUGCUACAUGGUGUGUGGGACAGGCCUGUAGUAUGGCAUCACUUCUAUUAGCAGCAGGAGCACCUGGUAUGCGUCAUGCCCUUCCCAAUUCUAGAAUAAUGGUGCACCAACCUUCUGGUGGUGUCCGCGGGCAAGCCACAGAUAUACAGAUUCAAGCUGAAGAAAUUUUAAAAUUGAAAUCUCAGAUUAAUGGAUUAUAUGUUCGGCACACGGGCUUACCAAUCGAAAGAGUUCAAAGCUCAAUGGAACGGGAUUACUUCAUGUCUCCAGGAGAGGCUAAGAAUUUUGGACUCAUUGAUAAUGUUCUUGAACAUCCACCCUCACAUGCGAUGGAGAAAGAAUCAACAUCAAAUCCAGCACAAAAUAGCUGAUUUUAAAUUGUAUGUGAUAUGAUAACUACAUUAACUGUUAUAUUAGUAAAUUUGACAUCUUAUAAAACUUAAUUUUUAGUUGGUUGAGUCAAUGUGGACAAGUGCUCUUAUUUAUUGUUUUUUUAUAGUUCCAUUCCUAAUAUAUUAUAUUUCAAACAGUU